CCCAAGUAAUUCUCUUUUCUCCAAACUUCUGUAGCUAAUUAGAUGGCGGCUGAGCUUAUCCUCGGUCCUGUCGCUGAUGCCACUGUAUCCAGGGUGAUUGUUGCUGCUUCGGAGCAGAUCAAUCUAGUUUGGGGAUGGAAGGACGAUCUCAAAAGGUUCCGUCUCAUAAUGUCGAUGCUCGGAGGCGUGUUGCAAGAUGCGGACGAAAAGCACAUCACUGGCCAUUUUCAUCUUCGAGCUUGGCUUGAGGAGCUUCAAGCUAUUGUUGAUAAGGCUGACGAUAUGCUGGAAGAGGUCGCCUACCAUAAUCUGAGGCGUCGGGUAGUAUUUCAGGCUGUUGCUGAUAAGGCUGACGAUGUGCUGGAAGACGUCGCCUACCAUAACCUGAGGCGUCAGGUAGCAUUUCUGAAAUCAAAUUGGAAAAAGGUCAGCUACUUGUUUACUCCUUCUAGUCAUCAUCCUCUUGUGUUUCGAGUUAGGAUGUCUAAUAAAGUUAAGAAUCUGAAUAUACAUCUUGCUGAUAUUUGUGAUUGGGCCACUCGUAUGGGGCUGCAAUACAAAAUUUCCAACAGUAGAGUUCCCAUGCCCAUAGGAAACCAAUAUACCAACUCUUUUCUGGCUCCUACUGAUCCAUCAAAACCUUUUGGACGAGAGAAAGAUGUGGAUAAAAUAGUUGGUUGGUUAACUGAUGACUCUAGUAAUGAGGAAGCUUUGUCUGUCAUUUCUAUAUGGGGUAUGCCGGGCCUCGGCAAGAGUACUUUAGCCAAAGCAGUGUGUGAAAAUGAAAAUAUAAAAAAAUAUUUUGGCAAAAAAAUAAUGUGGGUUUCCGUGUCUGUAAAUUUUGAUGUGGAGAGGAUUUUAGGGGAAAUGUUGGAGUCUCUUACCAGAACUCCUUGUACAUUAAAAAAUGAUAUAGACACUCUAGUUAAGGAAACAAGUGGAGCGUUGGAGAAAAUGGAGAAAGAGGAGGAAGAGAGGGAGAAGAGGGAGAGUGAGGGGACAGAGGGGGAGAAGAGGGAGAGUGAGGGGAAAGAGGGGGAGAAGAGGGAGAAAAAGAGGAAAAGCUAUCUUUUGAUUCUAGAUGAUGUUUGGAAUGAGGAGUGGGAACAGUGGGAUGAACUAAGUCGACGUUUGUUGUCAAUACGUGAAAACCUAGGCAAGAGAGUUGUUGUGACAACUCGAAGUGCAAAAGUUGUAUCAACAAUGAGAACACGGAAAGAACACGUGCUUCAUCUUGGGCAGCUAGAAGGUGAUGCGUGUUGGGAUAUAAUCAAGGAGAGAGCAGGAAAUGCUUUUAUAGAUAAAGGAUUGGAAAAAAUUGGGAAGAAAAUAGGUGAAAAAUGUGGAGGUUCCCCGUUAGCUGCAGCUGUUUUAGGAGGGAGUUUGUGCAAUAAUAGGGAUAGAGGUGACUGGUCGUCAGUUGAAAGUAAGAUGGGUGCAUUGAGUUCACUUGAAGAUCAGCCUGGUAGGAUCAUGCAUGCUUUACAAUUGAGUUUUGAUCAGUUGCCAAAACUAGCUUUGAAGCGGUGUUUUGCAUUCUGUUCAAUUUUUCCCAGGGCUUUUGUCAUGAAAAGGGAUGUUUUAAUUCAGCUUUGGAUGGCUGAAGGAUAUCUCCAGCCAUCUAUGGGAAAUUCUGUGGAGGAUGUGGGUACCAAGUACUUCAACGACUUGUUAUCAUAUUCUCUAUUUCUUGAGGAAGAAAGAGAUGAUUUGGGGAAUGUUAAAUCUUGUAAAAUGCAUGAUUUAAUUCAUGAUCUUGUAAAAUCAGUUUCAAAAUUUGAGACGAUGAUUUUCAAUGGUGGAUCUGGGAGCAAUGUUUCUGGUUCUAGGUCUGAAGUUUCAAUUUCUGAUCAAGUUCAGCGUUUGAAUCUCAUUCAUGGUGUGCCAAACAACCUAGGAGAUGUAGCUUCAAAAGUAUGCACGUUGUUUUCAAAUCAUGGUUUUUCUUGGGGUAGGGGUGCAACAAAAUUCAAAAGAUUACGGGUGCUCAGUUUUUGUGAUGCUUCUGAUGCAAAACAAUUGCCAACAUGCUUUGAAAACUCGAAGAGCUUGAGGUACUUGGACAUUUCAGGAACUCAAAUGGAAGAACUGCCCAAGUUCAUCACCAAGCUAUACAAUUUGCAGACAUUUAGAUUCAUGAACUGUAAAUCUCUAAAAAUGCCCCCAAGAGGAAUAGGAGAUUUGAUCAACUUGAGUCAUAUUUAUUUCAGUGAUGAAGAGCGUAUGCCUGCAAACCUUGGGAGACUAGCCAGCCUGCAAACAUUGCCAUUGUUUUUUGUAGGUGCAACAGGAGGACGUAAAAUUGAAGAAUUGGGAAGCUUACGAGAACUCAAAGGAAGACUAGAGAUCCAUAAGCUUGAGCUUGUUACAAGCAAAUCGGAAGCAGAGAAAGCAAAGUUAAAAGACAAGGCAGUUGAGCAUUUGGAACUUUGUUGGUCGGAAGGCAAAGGCAAUCAAGAUGAAGGUAAAGUCUUAGAAGGCCUCCAACCCCCCUCAAAUAUGAGAAGAUUGCGUAUUGCUUUCUAUGGAGGUGGAAACUUGGCACCAUGGAUGUCGUCACUCAACAAUUUGGUGGAUUUGGUAAUUAUCAGUUGCAAGAUGCUUCAGGAAAUUCCAGAUAUCAAUAGGCUUUUAUCUCUUCAGCGGCUUCAUGUUUACGACUGUGAUGAAUUAACAAGUUUGGGUGCUGAUGAUGGUGAUGGAGCAUCUACGUCUCUCAAACAAUUAUCCAUAUCCAGGUGUGGUAAGUUAGAAGAAGGAGUUUUGGUUGGUAGAUUAUCAUCUCUGGAGGAACUCGAGAUUUGGGAUUGCAAGGUGAUAAAUAGCAUAGGUGAUAACCUAUCAAGCUUCACAUGUCUCAAACGAUUAUGUCUGAAAAGGUGUCCCAAAUUGCAAUCUAUUCCAAGUCUAAAAGGGCUUGUCUCUCUGAAAACAGUAGAUGUUAAUGAUUGUGAUGAAUUACAGCAUCUAUCGAGUGAGCCUUCAUCUUGCACUACUUUGGAGGUAUUGGACAUACGAAAUUGCUCUAAUUUGGUUUCUGUUCUUGAAGAAUUGAAAGAGUUACGGUCUCUUGUUGAGUUGCAUAUUCAGAUGUGUCCAAAAUUGAAGUCUAUUCCAAGUCUAGAAGGAUCUAUCUCUCUAAAAGAGGUAUUUGUUUACAAUUGUAAUGAAUUAGAGUGUAUACCGAGUGGGCUCUCAUCUUGCACUGCUCUAGAGGAAUUGAAGAUACAGAAAUGCUCUAAUUUGGUUUCUAUUCCUAGAGAAUUGAAACAGUUAAAAUCUCUUGUUAAGUUGGCUAUUUGGUUUUGUCCAAAAUUAAAGUUUAUUCCAAGUCUGGAAGGACUUGUCUCUCUGAAAAAUGUAGUUGUUUAUGGUUGUAAUGAAUUAGAGCAUCGACCGAGUGGUCUCUCAUCCUGCACUGUGAGUGGUCUCUCAUCCUGCACUGCUACUGCUUUGGAGGAAUUGGAGAUAGGCGAAUGCUUUAAUUUGUUUUCUAUUCCUGAAGAAUUGAAACAGUUACGGUCCCUUGUUAAAUUGAAAAUUUUGCAUUGUUCAAAACUGAAGUUUAUUCCAAGUUUAGAAGGAUUUGUCUCUCUUAAAACAGUAGAGGUGGGUCAGUGUGAUAAAUUAAAGUACCUACCGAAAGGACUCUCGUCGUGCACCGCUCUGGAGAAAUUGGCGGUACAGAGUUGCUCUAAUUUGGUCUCUAUUCCAAAAAAAUUGAAACAGUUACGCUCUCUUGUUCAGUUGCACAUUUGGUAUUGUCGAAAAUUGAGGAGCUUCCCAAAGAAGAUCUUGGGCUCUCUUGCCAGCUUGAGGACGUUAAGGCUUGGCUUUUUCUCAAAAGAGCUGGAGAAAUUCCCAGAUUUGAGUUCCACUUCGGUCUCCCUUGAAGUCUUGGUUUUGUCUGGAUGGGGAAAUGUAACUCUGCCACAUCAAAUUCAACACCUCACUGCUUUGAGGGACUUAACUAUCGAACGGUUCAAUGGAGUGAAAGAUGCUUUAUUGGGAAACCUUUAUUGUCUUGAGAAACUCAGCUUUAAAAAUUGCCCUAAUCUGGUCUCUUUUCAAGCAGAGUUGAAGGAAUUGCAUUCUCUAACCGUUGUAGGUUGUCCAAACUCGGUGGGCUUCCUAAAGGAGAGUCUCGGCUGCUGUACUAGGUUGAAGAGGUUAGAGAUCGGCCGUUUCUCAGAAGAGCUGGAAGAAUUCCCAAGUCUGAGUUCCAUCCCCGCCUCCCUUGAAGAUUUGACCCUAAGGGGAUGGGGAAAACUAACUCACCUCCCACAAAUUCAACACCUCACUGCUUUGGAGGAGUUGAAUAUAUUCAAAUUCAGUGGAAUGGAAUCUUUGCCAGACUGGUUUAACAACUUGUCCUCCCUUCGACGACUUUAUAUUACGGACUGCCCAAACAAGUUAAAGGAAAGAUGCACCGAGGGAAGCGGUCCUGACUGGCCCAAGAUAUCUCACAUUCCAUACUGCGAUAUAUAUCCCAUCCAAUCCCAAGACUGAGGCGAAGAGGUUUUUUUUGGGAAGGAGUUCAGUUUUUGCUCUCAGCUGGAAGGGGUGUUCCUUAAUUAAUCUGCUAUUUCCUUGAAAACCAACCAAUUAAGGAGAAUGCCAGUUGCAGUGUAGCUUUUGGACUUUCAUAUUCCAUCUAACUUAUCGGCCAAAUUGGAAAACCGUAACAGGUAAUAUACGAAACCAAAUUCUUAAUAGUUAGCUCCUAAUUUUGCUAUGAUAUACUUGGGUAUUGACCAAUUGUUCUGCAUUUGUUGUACUGUCUUGACUCGUCUAUUACAUUGAAGAGUGUUCAAGGACAAGUGGAUUUUGCUUCCUCUCAAAUUGCUUCGGCUUCUUUGCCAUUUUCCACUGAUUAUGCUGGAGACUUGGAACAUGGAAAUGGACUGCUACAUUUCAAGCUUUUUGAAAUUUCAUCUAAUAUUCCACCAAAGACUGCAGUAAGAGAGGAAUGAAAGCAGCAGUGUUUGCCAAGCCAAAGACAAUUAUGAUUUGAUUUCUGCCGUGUGGUUGCUUGUAUGUUUCCCAUAAUCACCACUGAUGUUCCUUCAAAAGUGUCCAUAUGGAUCUUUAUAACUUGUUCUGCAGAUAAGCGGAUGGAUGGCAACAAUCAGAGUGCUGCUAAAAUUGCAGACAGAAGCAUCUUUGUUUGAUGUUAUGCUACCGAUUCACACAAGCCACAGCAAAUACAAAGGAUUACAAGGAUGUAGAUCACUUCUUGCCAUGUCCUUAAACACCUGUCUCCUAUGGUCAUGUCCACAACAGAUAGAAAUGCUUGUGUUUUGGAUAUUGAUUCAUAGAUAGCAAGAAAAUUAAGGUGCUAAUUUUCAUGCUUUCUGAUAGACCAAAUGGAUUUUGGAUCGAAUAAGUUCUUGUUGCAACA